UGUGGGAGUGGUUAGAGGCUCCGUGUUGGGUGUAAGGGACUUUCUAACAGCCUGACUUGCUGGCAGUGGGAGCUCUUUUCUCAGCUGGAGUCCUGAUCGGGGUGGGGGGGUGCCUCCUGCAAGGCCCUCCCAGCACCCCUGGAGGAGAGGAGAUGGAGGCCUGGGGCCAGAGGAGGGGCGACAUUCAUCUCUGCUCUCGCCCUCGGUUCUCUGCCUGGGGGCGAGCUGGCACCGCCCCCGGCAGUGCCUGAGCUUGUUGUACAGGCAGACUCUGGGAGUCCUUCUCCUUUCUCAGGCCCAGAGAAAUUGUUUUCUAAGUAAAAUACGUUACAGGAAUAGAAAAGAAGAUGCCGCCUCGUUUCCAGGCAGGUUUAUUAUUUUCAUGAACGGAUGGGACACCCUGACCGCGCACGCGGAGGGCGUCAGGCAUGUGUGCUGUCCAGGGCUGCCAGGCUCUGCAGUGACCCCCACCAGAGCCCCUCGGUCUAAGUUUCCUGAACUGUUUCUGGGUUGGGUUACACUGUCCUGCUUGGCUCAUCAAAAAGCUCCGUGAGCCCUGAACCCUGAGACGCCCCAGGGCCCUUGGUCAGAAUCCCCCCAUGGUGGGGGCAGGGAGGAGGCUGGGGUGAGGGGGGCCGGGCACCUUUCAUUUCUAGGAGGCUGGCUUGCCCUGAACAGUGCCAGCACAGACGUGGUUCUCUGCUUGGGAGUGUCACGUGGGAGCACAGACCACGUCCUGUGACACGGUCCUCCGGCUCAGUGCUGCCGGUGGACGAGACUGCUCUGCUCUUCCGCUGACUUAACUUGCACGUCGUGCAUCACGUUAUCUUGAAAACAGACAUCUCGUCGUCCUUUGCAACGUAGGCUCACUGGGAACAUGGGGCACAGCAACUGGACAGAGGGUGGGGGGCGGACAGGGGGCUACAGCUCUGACUGCAGUGUCUCUUCACCCCAUCAGAGCCCCCCAAUUCCCACAUGAGGAAGUCGAGGUCCUGCAAGAUUGGGUGACACCCCUAGGGACACGAGGUCAAGGUCAGGGUGACCCUCCUGGGGGCACAAGGUCACAGUCAGAAGGCGUCAGGCUAAGCAGUUGGAAGUGCUGAGUUUGGAAGCAGGCAGGCGAGGAUAGGUUCUGGCAUUGUCACCUGCUCCCUCCAUGUGACUUCAGGCAGGUCAGUCAGCACAAGUCCCCACUGUGUGACUGAUGGUGGGGCAGGGCCAUUGUGAGCACUGAACAGUGAGGACCGCGUGACUCUGCCCUUGGCUCUGGAACAUGCAGUGUCCCCUCGCCCAGAGUCCUCCCGACAGGGGUGCAGACGCGGCCUGCCUCCUCCCAUCUUGGCCCCCAGCGCCCAGAGGUGGGGUCACCCUGAAACCUCUGUAGGACCCCUACCCACCAGGCCUGUGGCUUUGCUGGUCCUGAAGUUAGGAUGUGGUGCUUGUGCAGGUUGGGCUGGGAGGUGGUGUCACCGGGAGCAGCCACCAUGGACUCCCUGGGUCGUGUGUGUGUGUGCCCGCGCGCGCGCCUGCCCAUGAGGAAGAGAACCGCCAUGGGGGCACAGCCUGUGGGGAGCCCUGGCUCCCAUUGCCCCCAGGUGUUUGUAAGUCCUGCUCCGCCCCCGUCCCCUGAUGGGCACCUGGUACAGCCGAAGGCAGGCAGUGCUUCAGGAUCAAGUGCUUCCUGUUUUGAGAGCCUGGAGCGGCUGGUGUGCUCAUUCCCUGAAUUCCUUCCACGUUUUAAGGCAGAGGAGGCUGAGUGGCUCCUCAGACACGUCAAGGCUGGAGUUCGGACUGGUCGCCAUAAAGGAAGCCCACGACAUAGAGACCAGGCUCAACGAGGUGGAGAAGCUGCUCAAGGCCGUCAUCAGUAUGCCGCGGAAGUAUUCCAGGUCCGAAGUCGUGCUCACCUUCUUCGAAAGGUCUCCCCUGGAUCAGGUGUUAAAGAACGACAACGUCCAUAAAAUUCAGCCCAGCUUCCAGAGCCCGGUGAAGAUUUCGGAAAUCAUGAGGUCCAAUGGAUUCUGUUUAGCGAACACGGAGACGAUCGUUAUUGACCACAGUAUCCCGAACGGAAAGGACCAGCACCUGGCCGUGGACCCGGCGGAGCACCUGUUUGACAGCGGUGCGGAGUUUGCCCCAGAGCUGGAGGACGGCGACGACCCGGCGGCUUAUGUCACCAACCUGUCCUAUUACCACCUGGUGCCCUUUGAGACGGACAUUCUGGACUGAGUCUCCUUGGGUCUCUCCACCCCCCUGCCCCACCGUGGCCACGGCCCUGCUGCCAUCGCUGUGCCGGGGACGGCCACCCCACUGCCCGCACCCUUGGAGCCAGGUGUCCUGUGAGUGGGGACCCCAUAUCUCCAACAACCGGGAGUCAGGUCACGGGGGCCUGGCGCCCCUGCUGCUUCUAGAGGUCUCCCCGUCUGCACGGCAUCCCUGGGACCUGCUGCUUCCCCAUGUGGAGGAGCCCCAGGUCCCCACGGGACGUCCCGGGGCCGGGGCUGGACACCCACGCCUCCUCCUGGUGGGUAACCCAGGUCCCUCACUUGAUAAGCGCACAAAGCAUUUCGUGUGAGAUUCUGAAUUGUCACCAAGUUGGGGACGGCACAAUGGUGUGUGUACUGUCUCCCCAGCUUCCCCGGGAACUAGAAUGUGCGGCUGUCAUUUCUGCUUUUCACCUGCUCCCCGGACACUGGGCUGUGUCAGCCAAGGGGUUGCUGGUGGAAGGCUGGUCCUGAGCCGGGGAGUUGGCCAUGGGCCCGGGGAGCCACUGGCCGGGGCCCGGGUGACGGGCACCGAGUGUGGACGGUUCUCCCAGGAUGAGGGAGCUCCCGCCGGCGUCUCCUCGGCCCUCCUGUGCGGGGUCACAGCGCUGCGGCACGGCGGCCGAGGUGCCCCCUCCUGCCGAUUACCAGGCUCUCAGGGACAUGAGUGACGCGUUAACCUGAGAGCAGGGGGGUCCGGUCGCUGAGUGUCCCCAGCGGGUCUCCCUUCACCCUUGGGGAGGCCUGCUUUCUGUGUGUGUGUCUCCUCACAGAGUCUAUUAAUGACCAGAACUGGCUCAUGUAAAUAAUAGUAAAUUAUUGAGUCCUAAUUCUUCUACACAGUCUGUUUUUAAUCUAUUUUAAUUAAAUAAAACACAUGCUUCUACUUUUA